CGUUUUAACCAGGCUUCCACAACAGGUGGUAAAAGCAAGUUAAAAGUGAGCCCUCUAUGCGUGAGAGUCAAGAUGCCGGGAUUGCUAACACUGUCAUGGCCUUUAGUUGGAGCGCUCCUAGGGGUUCUCUUGACGGCCCCCCAGUCAUUGGCACGGGAGGUAGUCAGGUUUGGAGAAUCUAGUAAGGCCCCAACAACUUAUUUGAAAAAGUUCACCAUGCCAGGAGUCACUCCUAGACAGGCUGAUGCAUACCUUUGUACAGCAAUGGCUUUGAAUGAGACUGUUGAGGAGUGGGUUAUCAGAUUUGACCCUCUUGCUUCAGCAAAUCGAGCUCAUCACAUGCUCCUCUUUGGAUGUAACGAUGUGCCACAUGACUACAUGCAACAAGGCUCAUGGGACUGUGGUCACCAUGGGGUUUGCACAGGUGGUAGAAUAAUGUUUGCAUGGGCAAAGAAUGCACCAGCCACAAGUUUACCAAAGGAUGUUGGGUUCCGCAUAGGAGGUCAGACUGGUAUUAAGUACCUCACAUUGCAAAUCCAUUAUGCAAGUGCAAUGCAAGAGGGACAGCAAGAUCACUCAGGCCUGCAGAUGGAAGUUACAAGAGAACAGCAAAAAUACAAAGCUGGGAUUUAUUUGCUGGGCUCAGCCUAUUCCGACAUACCUCCUCAUACAGAAAAAACACAUGCAGAUAUGAACUGCAUAAUUGGAGAGACAGGGGAACCAAGAGAUAUAUAUCUCUUUGCAUACCGUACUCAUGCACACAAAUUAGGAAGUGUCAUCUCUGGCUAUGCGUUUGAUCCUAAUACAAAAGAAUAUACAGAGAUUGUCUGUGGCAAAUCAAAGACCCCCCACCCACACUGGCCCCAAGCAUUCUACCCAAUGUCUCAGGUGUAUCAUGUCAGUACAGACAAGAUUCUCCAUGCCCGAUGCACCUGGAAUUCAACAAAUUGUAAAACUCACACUUAUAUAGGCCAGACCUCUGGAGAUGAGAUGUGCAAUCUUUACCUCAUGUAUUACACGGACCGUGAGCAAGGCUCAGAGACAGGAGGCUGCUGGAGUGAGUCUUUCCCAGCUGUCACUCAGAAUCUUCCAGCUGAUAGUGAUGUCCCAUUGCCACCAAACCCUGAACUUGAAGAACAUGCACAAGGCGAGAACCUGCACAAAGAACAAGAAAUCACAUAUAAUUCCCUGGAAAAACCUAUCGAGAAUGAAAAGAAGGCCUACAAAAACUCUGAAAACGCCUACCAGACAAAGCCCAAGCCAGUAUCAUAUGACUAUGAUAAUGUGAUGACACCUGGCAGACAGAUACCAAAGGAUAACAUUAAGCCUUCCUUAGUUGAAGCUCCACGGAAGGGGAAGCAGCUUAAGUUCUCAGCGUAUCGCAUGAUCCCAAAUUGGGGCCAGAAAGAGAUUGUCUAUGGGCAAGUGGUAGCAGUUGCCCUCGACUCCAAGGGAGAUGUUCUGGUCUUCCAUCGAGGAGAACGCCGAUGGGAUGGCUCAACGUUUAUCCAAGACACACUACGUGACCAAGAACAUCCCAUAACGCAACCAGCGCUCCUUCACCUACACAAGGAAAAUGGACAGAUUAUAGACAAGUGGGGAGAAAACUUUUUCUUUAUGCCACAUGGACUAACUCUUGAUAAGGAUGAUAACAUCUGGGUCACAGAUGUGGGACUUCACCAGGUGCUGAAAUUCCCUCGAGGCUAUGGCAGUGGCAAACCUCUCCUGACACUUGGCACAAAGUUCCAACCAGGCAAUGAUGCAACACAUUUCUGCAAGCCAACAGGAGUUGCUGUCUUGAGCACAGGAGAAUUCUUUGUAUCAGAUGGUUACUGCAACUCUCGUAUAAUCAAGUAUUCAGCUAAUGGAGAGAUUCUAUUCCAGUUUGGAAAACGUACCAACCCACUUUCAGGCUUUGGCAUCAGUUCUCCACCACCUGGUUCCUUCAACAUACCACAUGCCUUAACCCUAGCAGAGGACCAGGGAGAGGUUUGUGUUGCUGACCGAGAAAAUGGCCGGAUUCAGUGUUUCACUAUUGAACAGGGUCAAUUUGCAAGGCAGUUCCAGUUUGAUGGUUGGGGAAGUCGCCUUUUCUCUAUGAGUUACACUCCUGCGCUUGGUGGGAAAUUGUUUGCAGUAAAUGGUCCAGGAUUAUUGAGUUCCAAACAAGUAGCAGCUUUUGAAGUAGACUACACGUCUGGUGAGCUACAGGGCGCCUUCAGUCCAAACAACCAGGGCAUGAGUAACCCUCAUGACAUCGUUGUUUCACAUGAUGGUGUUGAUGUGUAUGUUGCUGAGAUUGGACCCAAUAAACUGUGGAAGUUUGAGCUUGGCGAAAGCAGUCCUGCCCCAACCACAAGACCUCCAAGUAUCUUUGAGAGCAUUGGCAACCUCUUCACGUUUACUCUUAAUUAGAGUUUUUGUUGUGUUAUUAGUGUGUGUUUUGCUAUUAUUUAUUUAUUUAUAUAUAUUUAUCUGUUUUGUUUUACAGGUAGAUAGUUUGUAGUGAGGGUCAGUUAGUCAUUUUUUAUGCUGUUUUACUUUUAUAUAGAUCGGCUUGGUUCAUUUACCUUGCAGAAACUUACAAUUUGUUUUGGAAUAUUGGCCUUAGAUAUUAAUGCUGAUACUUAGUUUUGAAGUUUAUUAGAUGUAGCGGGAUUUAUUCCCAAAUUGUGGUUCUUGUGUAUUGAUGAAUAU